CGCACUGCACGAUAAAAAGAGUUGGUAUUGUUACCCUCGCAUUCAAGGAACGUAUCCGUAGAAAAGACGAAUAAAAAAUUGGCGAGAUUCCUCCCUUAAUCACCGAAAGUCCGAAGCCAUUAUCAUCAUCGCCUUAUCAAGGCUUUGGCCUGAUCUCCGCAACACGCUGUUAAUUCCAGUCUGGUAGGGUCUCCGUGGGGUUCCUAGGGUUUCGGGUUUUCUCUGCGGCGUCUAGGGUUCGCAGCUGGGGAACGAUGGAUUCUGAGGACGACAUGCAUGACGCGUAUGAUGCGGAUUCUUUGGAUGAGGAUUUCUACAGCGGAGGGACGCCGAUGGGCAGCGACGACGGCGAUGCCGAUUACGAUUUCGUGGACAACGAGUCAGAGGACUCUGAGGACAUCACCUCGCAUCGCCAGCAGCAAAAUUAUACAAUCUUAAAUAUCAGUGAUAUACGCCAGCACCAGGAUGAAGAUAUAAGUAGAGUCUCAACUGUGCUUUCUAUAUCAAGGGUGGCAGCCUGUGUUCUUCUCCGUCAUUAUAAGUGGAGUGUCAGUAAGGUGCACGAUGAAUGGUUUGCGGAUGAAGAAAAUGUUCGAAAGGCUGUUGGCCUGUUGGAAAAGCCCUUGGAAAUGCCUCACACUAGAGAAUUGACUUGUGGAAUAUGUUUCGAGAGCUAUCCACGGGUUGAAAUGUCUGCAGCGGCCUGUGGUCAUCCUUUUUGUGGUGCCUGCUGGAGAGGUUAUAUUGGAACAUCAGUAACUGAUGGCCCUGGGUGCUUAAUGCUCCGGUGCCCAGAUCCAUCUUGUGGUGCUGCUGUUGGUGAAGACAUGAUUAAUAUGCUCACCUCUAAUGAUGAUAAGGAGAAGUAUUCACGUUAUCUUUUGAGAUCUUAUGUUGAAGAUAAUAGAAAGACCAAAUGGUGCCCAGCUCCAGGGUGUGAGUUUGCUGUGGAGUUCGUUAUGGGUAGUGGCAGCUACGAUGUUACUUGCAAUUGUUCAUACAGUUUUUGUUGGAACUGUACUGAGGAAGCUCAUCGACCAGUGGACUGUGCCACUGUUGCUAAAUGGAUACUGAAAAACUGUGCUGAAUCAGAGAACAUGAAUUGGAUAUUGGCCAACUCAAAGCCUUGUCCCAAGUGCAAGAGACCGAUUGAGAAAAAUCAGGGAUGUAUGCAUAUCACAUGCACACCUCCUUGUAAAUUUGAAUUUUGUUGGCUAUGCCUUGGUGCAUGGUCCGAACAUGGGGAAAGAACUGGCGGUUUUUAUGCAUGUAAUCGUUAUGAAGCAGCAAAACAGGAGGGAGCAUAUGAUGAGUCUGAAAGGAGGAGAGAAAUGGCUAAAAAUUCUCUUGAGAGAUACACUCAUUACUAUGAAAGAUGGGCUACAAAUCAAUCGUCUCGACAAAAGGCACUCGCAGAUCUGCAUAGUAUGCAAGUUGAAAAGCUUGAGAAAUUGAGUGAUAGGCAAAGCCAACCCGAGUCUCAACUCAAGUUCAUAAUUGAGUCUUGGUUACAGAUUGUGGAGUGCCGGAGAGUAUUGAAAUGGACCUAUGCGUAUGGCUAUUACCUUCCCGAGCAUGAACAUGCAAAGCGACAGUUUUUUGAGUAUUUGCAAGGUGAGGCGGAAGCUGGAUUGGAGCGGCUUCAUCAGUGCGCAGAGAAGGAACUCCAAGUUUAUCUAGAAGCAGAAGCUCCUAUGAAGGACUUCAAUGAUUUUCGCACCAAACUCGCUGGGCUUACUAGUGUGACCCGGAACUAUUUUGAAAACCUUGUUCGGGCAUUAGAGACUGGGCUGAAGGAUGUGGGACCUUCAAGCAAUCAGGCUACUUGUAGCAAGAGUUCCAGCUCAAAGAAUCUGGUAGGGGGAAAGGGAAGCAAGAUGGGGAAGGUUAAGGUAACAGGGACAAGCUCCAGAGUCGCUGGCCGUACUACGGACGAUGGAAAUCUUUGGUCUUGUGAACACUGCACCUAUGCUAACCCUAGAUCUUUAAACGUUUGUCAGAUGUGCGAAAAGCACCGGUAGGGCAGGCGACCGGACUGGUGAUCGAUGUUCUUUCUCUGUUGUAAAGCAAACUUCCAUCCACCUCCCAUUAUUUGUUCCCAAUGACUGGCAAAUUUGUCUAGAUUGCCACCACCCUGUGGUGAAAAAGCGAAUAAGAAAGCAAUUAUAUGGGAAAAGGGAGGAGGAAGAUCUUCAUCAUGUAUUUAUUAUAUAGGGUAUCCAUCAAAUGUUUUGAUUACUUUCAUUCCCCUGUACAGAAAUAUUUAUAUGGCAUAUAUGGGCUGGUUUGGCUUCCUAUUUUUAGGAAGGGUUAAUUUGGCCUUGUAACAAUUUCAGCUUUCAAAUUGGUGAACUUGUUAGCAGAACUUUGGUGCUAUAUUUUUUUCCUGUCAA